UGAUUUGGCAGGAUGAUGGUCUACUUCAUACUACAUGUGGAACGCCAAACUAUGUCGCUCCCGAGGUCCUCAAUGAUCGUGGCUAUGACGGGGCAACUGCAGACUUGUGGUCUUGUGGAGUCAUACUCUUUGUAUUGCUUGCAGAUUUCAGCGGCUGAAUUUACUUGCCCCCAUUGGCUGUCUUUUGGUGCCAUGAAAUUGAUAACUCGAAUCUUGGAUCCCAACCCUAUGACUCGCAUCACUAUUCCUGAAAUUUUGGAAGAUGAAUGGUUUAAACGAGAUUAUAAGCCACCUGUGUUUGAGGAAAAAGAAGAUACAAAUUUGGAUGAUGUCGAAGCUGUUUUUAGGGAUUCAGAGGAACAUCAUGUGAUGGAGAAGAAGGAAGAACAGCCAGUAGCCAUGAAUGCAUUUGAGUUGAUUUCUAUGUCAAAGGGACUCAACCUUGGGAAUUUGUUUGAUGUAGAGCAGGGAUUUAAGAGGGAAACAAGGUUCACAUCAAAAUGUCCUGCUAAUGAGAUAAUCAGCAAGAUCGAAGAAGCUGCAAAACCUCUUGGUUUUGAUGUUCACAAGAAAAACUACAAGAUGAGGCUUCAAAAUGUGAAAGCUGGGAGAAAAGGAAACCUUAAUGUUGCUACUGAGGUGUUUCAAGUGGCACCAUCUCUUCAUAUGGUUGAGGUGCGAAAAGCAAAAGGUGACACUUUGGAAUUCCACAAGUUCUAUAAGAAUCUUUCAACAUGCCUCGAGGACGUGGUUUGGAAAACUGAGGAGGACAUGCAGGAAAUGAAGUAAAGCAUUGCUCAUCUUGAAGUGGGGAUGAUGAUGUCAACUUUUUCCCAGAGUACCUUGUUUAUUCUUUUGUUUUUCCUUCACUUUCUAGGAAACAUUUUUCUACGUUCCCUAUUGAGUUAGAGACGGUCAUGGCUUUCCACCAAUUGUUUGUGUGUUGUUUGUUAGAAAAAUGUAGAUAGUUCCCUCUCCUCCCACUGAUGUGCAGUUGGUAUGAUUUGUACCCUCCAACAGUCUCUGAUCUCAACUCAAUCAGUUAUAGGAUCAACAAAGGAUUCCUAGCUGUUUCUUUUUCUUUCUUGUUCCAUAUCUGUUGUCUUUCCAUGGGAACCAUGUCUCAUUAUAAAAAAAAGUUGUAUUAAGUUACCUUCCGAUUGUUUCUCAAUGGAGUUCUUCUAAAUUCAAGUGUAUUUUAUUUUAUU